AUGGCGUCUCAUGAUGCUACCGCCACUGCCACCGUUCCAGAGAUGGCACCUGUGUUUCAUCCCAUAGUGUGGGGUGACUUCUUCAUCAACUACAAUCCAGAACCGUUACAGAUGUCAGAGGAAAGGAUGACAGAGAGGUCCAAUCAACUGAAGGAGAAAAUAAUCGGGUUAUUUUCGUGCGGUACCAUAGUUGAGCAACUGAACCUUGUAGACACACUCCAACACCUAAGCGUAGAUCAUCAUUUUCAUGAAAAAAUUGACUCCACAUUAAGAAGCGCUCAUGCUGGUGAAUUCAAUAGCUCCAGCCUUCAUCAUGUCGUCCUUCGGUUCCGCAUACUGAGGCAGCAAGGCUUUUGGGUGUCUCCGGAACACAACACUAACAACAAACUCACUUUCAGAUGGUGGAAAAAUCUUUACAGAGAAGUGGGGCUAAACUACUCGCGGGAUCGUGUGGUUGAGUGUUACUUCUGGGCGUAUACGGCAUACUAUGAGAAAGAGUACACACGUGCAAGCAUGAUUCUUGCCAAGAUAAUCGCAAUAAUAAUAAUGACAGACGACACUUACGAUGUCCGUGCUACUUUGGUGGAGUGUAGACAAUGGGAGGAGAGUGCUACUUCUUUUCUACCAGAGUACUUACAGAAGUUCUACCUCAAGCUGAUGAGCACCUUCAAGGAGUUUGAGGACGAAUUGAAACCGGAUAAUAAGUACCGGGUGGCUUUUAGCACAAAAGCGUUUCAAAUAUUGUCAAGCAACUAUCUCCAAGAAGCCGAAUGGUUUCAUCAGAAUCACAAGCCAAGAUUCAAUGAUCAAGUGAAGGUAUCUAGUGUCUGCUCAGGCGGGCCAUGGAUAUGUGUUGGGUUGCUUGUUGGUAUGGGCGAUGCUGCAACCAAGGAGGCACUGGAAUGGGCCCUCGGCUGCACUGAUGCUGUCAGGGCUUGUGCAGAGGUGACACGCUUCAUGAAUGAUCUAGCUUCACUUAAGCGUGGGAAGAACAAAAAUGAUGUGGCCAGCUCCGUGGAAUGUUACAUCAGUGAGCAGGGCGUGGCGAGUGAGGUCGCCAUUGCCAAGAUAGGUUCUCUGAUCGAAGACGCAUGGAAGACUACGAACCAAGCACACUUUGAGCUCCCUGAGCUGCUGCUUCCGGCGGUGCAGCGAGUCGCAAAUAUAACGAUCAGCAUGCCGUUCAUGUAUGAUAACAAGACAGAUGCCUUUACGUUUAGCAGCCGUCUUGAGGGGACGAUUAAGCGACUGUUUGUCAAUCCUAUCAAGCUCUAG